GUUGGUUGUGUUUGAUUUUCAUUUGAUUGAUUUUCCAUUCCUUGGGAGUUGUACAGGUGUAAGGUUUUUGACCAUAAUCAAUGGAGGUCCUUCCAAGAACAGGCGACUGAUUCGGCCGAGAUUUUCCUAGCUCUCUCUCUCUCUCUCAUUCUCCCCACCUAUUUUGCAGGGCAUGGGCUUUUGCCUUAAUCAUCGAAAUCGAAGAGGAUAACGAAAGUUAUGGCUUCUUGUUGACUCCACUUGGACAACAAUCUCACUCCUCUCUUUCUUCUGCCUUUGCUUCCUCUGCUAAUUCUCCCUUUCUUGUUAUUGUAAAUAUAUAUAUGGCAUUCGCGCCUUUCAUUCACGCGCGCUGUUGUUACAACCCCAUUUUUGGUGCUCAAAGAACCGGUUCUUCUCAUGGACCUGUAGGAACGUCGUCGUUUUCCUCUUCCUCUUCCUCUUCCUCCUGCACUCCCUCGUCUCCCUGUUCUUCCUCUUCUGACUCAAAUCACAGUUGGAGAUUACCUGGCUUUGGACCUCAAGCUAUGAGUACUUCAACCCUCGGAACAUUCUCGUCAUCAAGUAGCAUUGGAAAUGUGAAAAACGAGCCUGAUCAUCUUCUUGUCCUUGUUCAUGGAAUCAUGGCUAGCCCAAGUGAUUGGACUUACUUUGAAGCAGAGUUAAAAAGACGUCUUGGACGAAACUAUUUAAUAUAUGGUACGUUCUUUUUUCCGCUUAGUGAAUGUCACUAUCCAAUGUAUUGUAAGCACGUACAUAUCAUAAUAUUUUUAAAAUUCAGGUGCAUCAACAUGAAGUGCAAUAUUUACGACUUUGGAAUUAUUGUCAGAAAGUAAUAGAUAAAUUUGGAG